AUGUACGCACCGCAAGUUCCCAUGGGAUAUGUGAAGCCUCAUUAUGUUAUGCCAGCUCCACCGCCAGUUUAUAUCACUCCUGCUCCAGUCUACGUCACAACACAGCCGCCGCCUAUAUGCUGGGUUAACGAAGACGGUUUCGAAUGUUGCUCGAAAAUUCUUGGGAAGCUCAUGGUAGACUUUCUGUCCAGCGAACAGGCACCCAAAGGAUGUAACAUGCAGAAAGCCGCUAACGCACUGCAGGUCUUGGCUCAAAAUCACUUCAAUUACUCGUUCGAAGCAAUAAUUUCUCAAUCAGAAAUGGCGACUAAAAUUCACUUCAUGGGGAGAUUAAUGUGUAAAAUUCGUACGAAGGAUGGUAAAGU